GCCUUGUGUUAUGACAUUAUUUUAAAGUAUUACCACGAAUAAUUCAUAACACGGCCAGGUACGAAAAUGCUUGAUUACAGCGCUGAUAUACAGAUGUUUGUAAUUUCGUUAUCAGUAAGGGAUAGCAUUAAGAGUACAAUAUAAUUUUUUUUUCAACAAUUCCGUUCUACUUAACAGUAUCUUGGAACAUGGGGUGUUGCGUAAAAAUUCUACACACAUCUUAUCCUCUGACAAAUUAAACGACUGGUGAUUAUAUAAUAAAAAUUGUAUAAGCACAUCUGUAUAUUCAAGGAGGUUUAGUUUUCGCGAAACGAGCUUGUGUAAAUUAGUCAGAUUAAAAAAAACCUUUUAUUUAAGGCAUUUUUUGGCGAAUACAGCGGUAUAAACCAGUGCCAUAAACCGUCGUUGCUUCUGGUAUGGGUGGAGCUUAACUCUGGUCAAGUAUAAUGACGUCACACUAAAACGCUCUAGUUCGUUCUGUUCGUGAUUAAAGGCGCGAAAUAUUGGGAAGAAGACUCAAGUGUAGCAAUGAAUUCCAAAGUUUUAUCAGUAUUUAACAAUUUCUUCCCCAUAUUCGUCGAUACACUCAACAUAUUCCAUGUCUAAUUCCCGAUCGUAUGUUCGCCUGUAUUUAAAUUUUGGCUCAGAGACCGCCCUGCUUCUAGUUCAACCAGUUUCGACCAUGCUACAGAGUAGGGUUUAUUCUGGUUAUACCAAAACCGCUUGAAAGCACCAGAGUCGCGAAAACGCGUUUGGUACCCUUUGGUACACUUUGGUUGUUAUACCAGUGCUCGCCAAAAAAUGCCUUUAGUGACACCUAAAUUUGCACCCCGCCAAACAGUGUUAAUGGUGACGAAAUUCUCCCUCAAGUUUGUGGCAAGAUUAAAUUAGUUAAAUUGUUGAGAAAAUUCCAAUGAAUACAGAAAGUUGUUUCAAAGUUAUCGAACUAUGAUUAAGCAGUAAUCGUCACAACUAGUUUUGAAUUCAACAUUCUCGCAGAAUGAAAUUUUAAUAUCCAAUUUAUAAUAGUAAAUUUGGACAGAAACUUUGGUGAGAAUUUUAUCAUCAUCUUUAUAGAACGGGAUGAAUCUUCAUAAAAGAUAUUCUGUGUAAACUGGCUGUUAAUUGAAUAAUGUGAUAGCUAGCGGGGAUCAAUUAGCGUAUGAAGGUCGAGCCUUAGAUACCGGGAGAGGUAAGUUACGGAAGAUCGUGAUUGCGGGGUGGGAUUUCGAGAGGCUUUGGUCGAGACUAGGGUCGACUUGAGUCGAAAGCCCGGUCGUAUACGCGUCGUUUCCCCAACCCCUGGGUGGAGUUCUCCGUUUUAAAUCGAUCCAGCAUCUUUCGGCGCCGCUCUAUAUACGAGUAAAAUUAUAAUGUCGAAGGUCCUUACGCCCGAGCGCGAUGAGAAUCAUCUAUAGAGAUUCGCCCUCGACAACCAUUGUCGAUAAUUUCUUCCCACCACCAUCUCGGUCCCAGAACAAGCUCUCUCUCUCUGAUACCUGCCUACUUGAAACGGAAUUUUGCUGACGGUGAUGGAAAGGGCUAAAGACUAGAAAUUGGCAAACCACCCGGCCAUAUGCUAAUGUAUACGUAUACGUAUAUACAUACAUACCUAUACGUACAUUCGCGGCUAUACAUUCCACAAAUCUCGCCUUGCGCGUAAACGUGUGUAUCGAAAACACCAACACAUAUAGAGACUGAUAAACGACGUACACGCGAGCGUCAAGUUGCCGUGUUUGUGGCGGUCCUGAGGGAAGGUGGGAUGAAAGGUAGGUCGCAGGAGCGGCAAUAUCGAUUUGACAGUCAGCAUCGCGCGUCGGGAUCAAAGAGGGGGGCUGGUUAGCUAGUUCGCGACUCCGAUGGCUCGGGAAUUUGACGUAAAUUUCAGUUUUCAUCUGAUUUCGUAUUGCGCUGCCUGUGUAACGGCAGAUGGAAUACGAUAAAGGGAAAGGAUCCGUAUUGUUCAGCCUAAUAAUUUACGCCUGGUAUCGCGCGAUCUGUGACUUGUGCCGCGUUCGUGCGUGCGUGGUUGCGUGGGUGGCUGCUCCGUAGGCGCGCGCCAGCGCAACACGCGCGUGCUUCGCCAGUUCUCUCGCGAUGAUCUCCCGUUCAUCCCGUGGGAGAACGGAACUUAGUCCGUGAUUUAUUUCGAACCAGUCGUGUCAGAGCCCGCGGUGACCAGACGAUGGCGUUAUGUAAUUUGACGGCGAUAAACGCCCGCGGAACUCCGCUAAAGUUUGUAUAUUUUUUCGAAUUCAUCCCGUCCGAACGCUGCACGAAUUAACGAUUUAUAACUGAACGGAAGCUCGCCGCCGCUGCCUGGGUACGCGAAACCUUCAAAUUUUCAACUGGCCAAACGGGGCUGGAUCGAUUGUAAGCUGAGGAUAUUUGAGAAUUCAAAUAUCUUCGGUAUUUGAUUGAAUUUGUUGGUACGGCUCGAGUUCGUUGUUGAGAAUUACAGCGAGGAAGGUAAAAUACGAGUAUUGUCAUUGAUAGCUGGUUUUCUCGCGUGUUGAAAAUAAUGAGGAGCUUUUGCGAGGCUUUAGAAAGUGUCGCGUGCCUCCACCAGAUGAUGACGACGAUAAUGGUGCGAAAACUGAAUACCUCGCGAAUAACGAAAGGGGAUCUGUAAUCGCUCAAGUGGCCAUGCCAACCAGCGGGAAAGACGAGUAUGAAAUGCGAUGGAUAAGAUUCGCGCUAUUAGCCAGGUGAGCGAUUGAUCAUCGCGUUGGCACGGAUCGAAGCGCCUCAUUUCCGAAGAUGAUAAUGGAGGAUUCGCCGGCCCGGAUGCGUCCCUACCUCGACUCCUGGGACGUAAGUAAUGAAGACAAAUACUCAGUGGCCAAUAGCCAAGCCCCCCUUCAGGGCGCCGAGGAGGAUCACCCUGAGCGAGGCACGUGGACGGGGAAGUUUGACUUCCUCCUGUCCCUCCUCGGCUACAGCGUAGGCCUCGGCAAUGUGUGGAGAUUUCCCUAUCUUUGCUACUCUAACGGUGGUGGUGCCUUCCUGAUACCGUUUACCGUCAUGCUGAUCAUCGCUGGACUACCCCUUAUGUUCAUGGAGCUUUCGUUAGGUCAAUACGCAAGCCUGGGUCCUGUGGCUGCUUACAAACGCUUCUGCCCACUGUUACGAGGUCUCGGUUACGGCAUGGUCCUGGUUAGCUCAAUCGUGAUGCUGUACUACAACCUGAUUAUCGCCUGGACACUCUACUACAUGUUUGCCUCCGUGGCCGGUGCCGGUGUUCUGCCGUGGGCUUACUGCGACCCGGCCUGGAGCACCCAAGACUGUUAUACCCCCGAGGCUGCGGAGAAUUGUGCCCGACAAAAUACAACCUACUUCAGGGGAAACUGUCUGAAUAGUACUCAGCUAACCGCGAUUGUUCUUGACGUGGAAAAUGGAACUGCAACCGUCCGACGGCCCCCGGCGGAGGAGUACUUCAACAACCAUGUCUUGGGUUUGAGCGUUGGUAUCGAAGAGACGGGUUCGAUUCGCCCGCCUUUGGCGGUGUGCCUCUUCCUCGCCUGGGUGAUCGUCUUUCUAUGCCUCAGUAAAGGUGUUCAAAGCUCUGGAAAAGUGGUCUACUUCACGGCCCUCUUCCCGUACGUCGUUCUGAUCGCCCUUUUCAUCCGGGGAAUACUUUUGCCGGGUGCUGGUGAGGGGAUCCUCUUCUACCUGACUCCGGAUUGGCGACGCCUGGCGUCGGCAAAGGUUUGGGGCGACGCGGCGGUUCAGAUAUUCUUCGCCCUGAGCCCGGCUUGGGGAGGACUGAUCACCCUGAGCUCCUACAACAAAUUCACCAACAAUUGUUACAAGGACUCGCUCAUAGUGGCGGUGAGCAACAUCGGUACCUCAUUUUUUGCCGGGCUUGUUAUAUUCUCGGUAAUCGGAUUCCUCGCCAACGAGCUCAAGGUGCCGGUCGCCUCAGUCGUCGACCAGGGGGCUGGACUCGCCUUCAUAGUCUAUCCCGAGGUCGUCGCUCGACUCCCGGUUGCGCCACUCUGGUCUCUCCUAUUUUUCGUGAUGCUUUUAACCCUGGGUCUGGACUCGCAGUUCGCCCUGAUGGAGACCGUAACAACGGCGAUCCUCGACGGCGUCCCGGCCCUCAGGAACUACAAGUUCUGGGUUGUCCUAGGCGCCGCGAUUCUGGGAUACGCGGGCGGACUGAUAUUCACGACCAACGCUGGCAUGUACUGGCUGCAGCUGAUGGACAAAUACGCUGCGAAUUGGUCGGUCCUUCUGAUAGCCAUCGGCGAGUGCAUUCUCGUCGCUUGGGUCUACGGGGCUGAUCGGUUUCUCGACGAUGUUGAGCAGAUGAUCGGGCCUCGUGGUCGUUGCUGGCGCUUCUUCUGGACUUGGAUGUGGAAGGUCGUUACUCCGGCCGCUUUGUUUUUCAUAUUAUUCUUCAACUGGGUAAAGUACGAGCCUCUGAGUUACGGAACUUACAUCUACCCUCGGUGGGCCGAUGCUGUCGGAUGGGCCGUCGGUCUGCUGCCAGUUCUCGUCAUCGUCGGACUAGCCGUUGACGUCGUUUUUUCGAGCGUUACUCGUCUCCAUUUCAGAAUCAGUUACGCGGACGUCAACGUCGGCGUUGUCAACGCUCUCAAUACCCCUACGACGAGAACGACGACGACUACGACGACGAGGUCGACGAUCUCGGCGACGUGGACACCGACGGGAAGUCUAAGGGACGUUCUCGGCCCUCCGUUUGGUGCCGAGCUCGGGCCCUGCUGCAGCCGACCCCCGAUUGGGGCCCGGCGACACCGUCCAGGACGCAAGCGCGUACUUCGCCACCCUUGUCUACACGGGGAAAUGGCGCGGGAGGAUCCUCGUCCGGAGGAUUCGACUCGGCUCGGGACACGAUCGUCUUGGUGAACGGGAAGCCGAUGGUUCAGCCGCCCACGUGUCCCGGGCUUGUUACUGCUACGAAGCUACCCGGACCCUCGAUACUGAAGAACUCGAGCAAAACGGAUCUCGUCUGCACCUCGCAGCAGGUCUGAGAAAAGGUUGUUAAUUGGCGCUGUUUGAGGUGCGAUUUUGGUUGGUAUUGUUUAUUAUAGUUACUCGUAAGGCCGUACAAACACUAAUGUAUAAACACGAUCACACGAGAAAAUAUUGAACUAAAAGAUAGACGAGAAAAUUAUAGCGACGCCUGUCGUCUAGAGCCUAUCUCGACUAUAAAGAGUUCCGACGGUUUGCUAGCCGGUAUACUUACCAUAAAUUUACCAUAAAUUAGAUAUUCAACGUAUUAAAUGCCUCGCCGGUGCGGGUUUUAUUAUUAUCUAAGUACGUGUCUAUAUACGUGUCCUAGGUGCCGGUUAUCAUCCUCGUAGAUUCGCGGGGCGAGAUAUAUUAGAAUUAGAUUGUGGUUCUCGGGUAACUUAGAGCGAGAUUGAGAAUGAUGAAGAAGUACAAGAAAUAAAAAUCAAAUUUCUCCAUUUACAUUAUAAAUGAGCCUCCGUUCAAAUAGGGCUGAUCGUUAUUUCGUUCAACUUCUAAAACGAGUAAUUUUGAAUCCCAACAUAUUGAGUACAGCCGAAGCUCGUAUCUCGGGAUGCUAUUUUCUCUGCCGAAAAUUGGGGUGAUUUUAAUAAUUUUGAAUUGUUGAAGUUGUAUUGUUUAAGAUGUUAAGGUAUUAUGAUUCAUUUGAAGGUUGACUUUAUCAACUCGCAUUAUACUGUCACUUAAUCAGGGCAUAAAUUUCUACACGGCCUUUUCCUCUUACUAUUUGUAUUUUGUACAGAAAUAAUUUUUUCAUCUUUCACUUUAUUUUUUAUGUUAAAAAUUUUGUCGUUACUUUCCGGCAUUCUUAUUUCCCAAGGUGAGAGAUUUUUUCUUCAGGGGCUGUUUGUUUUCUAAGCAAAUAUAUAAGCAGGGUAAACGGUAAUUGCCGCCAUCGCUUUCUGCAGUUUUUUUUUUUUUUUUUUUUUCUCAAAGAAAGCUGCCCCCUAUUAUACGACGUAUAGUGAAAUAUGGAUAUAUUAUAUCGAUUGUUAUAUUUGUAUCAAUGUUUUUUAUAUUUGUAAGAAUACGUUAUUUUUUAUUACGGCCUGCACGCGCUGGGUGCGUGGGCUAAUCUUUGCGACUUAUUGUGUCGAUUAUCAACUAUAUAAUGAUUUACCUACGUAGGUAUAAUACGGAUAUGAAGAUUCUGGAAUAUAUUGAUGCAUCAAUCAAUACAUGAGAUAAAAGAUAAUAGAAAUCCAACAAAUAAUUUUAAACAAAACGCGUAAAUUGAGAAUAAGAAUUUCGAAAACGUUUAGAAAGCAACGGGAUUUGCUUUGAGCCGUAAAAUAUAUUACAGAUACGUUCGAUGUGGAAAAAACAGUACUAAGGUGAUAAAAAUUUCGAAAACGUUUAGAAAACAACGGGAUUUGCUUUCAGCCAUAAAAUAUGUAACAAAUACGUUCGAUGUCGAAAAAAUAGCACUAAGAUGAUUAAAUUGUCGUCGUAAUUAUCGUGGAUGUUAUACACAUAUACAUUAUACAAACCACAGAGUUUACACAUAUACAUAUACAUAUAUAUAUAUAUAUAGUUUGUUAUCUUUGAGGCUGAGAUAUAGAAAAAAAUGAGUCCCUAUAAUUUAAAACAAAACUAAAACUGUAUCAGAAGAAAGAGUGAAAAAAUGAAAUGAAUUGGAAAUUUCAUAAUUAAUUAGUUAUACUUAGAAAAAUAUAUCAGAAGACAUACCUAUAACAAAAUCAUGAAGUUGAUUAAAAAAUUUAAAAGUAAACUGUAAAAAAAAAAAAAAAAUAUCGUACAAUAAGUACAUGUUAAUGCGUAAUAUAUGUAUAAUGUGAUAUAUACAGUGAGGCAAAAAAGUAUUCGUAGGGCGAAUAAAUUUAAAUAAAACGAGGAAUAAUUUUUUUGAUUAAUUAAUUUUUUUAAAUUCAAUUUGACACUAAUGUAAACAAACAUACAGAAUCAGACUUGUUACCUUAUGUUGCGCAGGCAAAUAGCCGUUAUGGUAAGUACACUAAAUGCACGAAUGCUUUUAUCCCUCACUGUAUACAUCAUAUAAUUAUCAAACUCAAUCAGAGCGUCCAGUCAAUAAAUCUCAGAAAAUCAUUAGGUGUAUACGGGGACAUGUUAAUAUUGUAGCACGUUUUUCUGUUUCGAUAAGUUGUCGAAUGAAAAACGUGAAGAUAUCGAGAAUCAUGUAGAAUAUGUAUGUAUAGUCAAUCAUAGAUCUAUUAGUCGUACGUACCUAUAACUAUGUACUAUAUCUUGGGUGCUAGCGUCCCCUCUGCACGCGCUUAUGUGUAAGAUAAUAAUGAUAAAAACAACAACAUCAAUAAUGAUAAUCAUAACAACAAGAGCAACAACAACAACAACAAAGACAAGAAUAAUAAUGAUGAUGAUGAUGAUGACGAUGAUCACGAUCAUGAUGAUAUAAUAGUGAGAGUAAUAAUAGUGAAAACAAAAAUGGUAACAAUAAUAAUUAAUCGUAUUAUACAUGUAUAGAAAUUAAGUAUAUAACAUAGCGGUUGUGUAAUUUAUCGGUGCGGUGACCUGCAGAGAUGAAAACAGUAUUUUGUUAGACUUACAAUAUUACAGAUGUUAGUAUAACGAACAAAGUCCAGAUGGUUAGAUAUUUCGAAUACAUUAUACGUUGUAAAUAAUUUUGGUGCUGUACUAGCGUGGAAGCGAAAAAUCACACGUUUGUCGAUAUUUUAUUUUUAAUUUAUUGAGAAAUGUAAUACCGCGUUACGACUUCGAUUCAAAGGUUAAAGCACGCAGAACGAAUCGAAAAAAAAAAAAAUUGAUCGGAGAAGGUCUGUUUUAUAAAACAAAUUGAAAUA